AUGUUCCCUGCCGCCGCUUCGGUCUCAGCCGCAGCUUGUAACCCCGCCUCCUCCCCAACCCCAACCACCACCACCACAGACACCAUCACUAGCUACCCGGACUCAUGCACCUACCGCCCGACGCAGACCUUCUACUCCUCCAGCGGCUGCGCUCACACCUGCGCAACGGGCUUUUGUGUCAUUGACGCACCCGCCACAAUCUCGUGCGGCUGUCCGCGCGUGUUCAUCGAGACCCAGACCGUGACGGUGUGCCCGACGCAGACGCCUUGCCAGCAAUGCUACACGGGGUGGGGCACGUUCCUGUACACCGAGCCGUGUGGUAGCGCCACGGCGACGGUGUCUGCGUCUGCCACGACGGCUGUGGGGGUCUGA